CAAUAUAAAUUAUAAUCGCUGCAACGAAAAGUCUACCCGUCAUGGCCGUAUUACCUCAAAUCACAAUCCAUUCUGGAAUUUUUGAGGGUUUAAUUAACUCUAGUAAUUUAAUAGGAUCUCUAUUGUCACGUGUUACUCAGCCAGUCGCAGCAGCCAGGUACUUGGUGGAGCCAGUUUGCAUGGAUUAUCGCGCUCACUAGCCAGUACACGUAACAGGUAGAGCCGUAAAAUCAUAUGGGAUCUAAUCAAAUAUACUUUGGAUACAUUUCUAACGGUGUAGACUAAAAAGAAAUACCACUACAGCCAGAUGAGAGCUUCUGGACCAACAUAAAGAUCCCCUGCAUCGGGAAGGCUGAGCUGGCAGUACCUUACUGGGACAGCAUGGAUUCUAUACUGAGCUACAGAAGAGAUAGCAGCAGCGACAAACAUUUAUGUUGGAGGCUGACACCAACAUAGCCAUUGAACAUCGGAAUACUAAGACUGGAGUCUCUCUAGAGACUGCUGUCCUUGAUCGACAGUGCGUUAUGGUGUGAGCAGGACUAAGCAGCGCUCCCACACAUCCCCUCCCACCUGGGCUCCAAGCCAUGUCUCCUCUCUCUGCCCUGGGUGUUUUCUGUGGAUUGUUCCUUCCUAUGUGUCUCGGUGAAUACAACACUCACAGUUGUAUCCCACGGAAGAGUGUCCUCUACCAGGACAAUCUGAAACUGUUCAGAGAGGAAGGGAUUUGGAACUACUCCACUAUGUUGGUUCGAGAGGAUCUGGGCCUGCUGCUGCUCGGGGCUCGAGAGGCUGUCUAUGCCCUGGACAUCAAUGAUAUCUCCAUCAAGAAGUCUGGGGUGUAUUGGCGGGUCACUGAGGAGAAACAGAGGGAGUGCACAUACAAAGGGAAACACGCCGAAAUCGAAUGCCGUAACUACAUCCGGACCCUGCAUAAAGUGGAUGACGGCACAAUGUAUGUGUGCGGGACAAAUGCUUUCAGCCCCACCUGUGAUUACAUGACGUACUCUGAAGGACAGCUGAGACUAGAAGAAGCGCAGGAGGAGGGAAAAGGGAAAUGCCCCUUUGAUCCCUUCCAGAAAUACUCCUCCAUCAUGGUCGGGAAUGACCUCUACUCUGCUACCUCCAUCAACUUCCUGGGCUCUGAGCCUGUGGUUCUCCGCAGCUCCUCCUCUGCGCUUCGCACUGAGUUCAAGAGCUCCUGGCUCAACGAGCCCAACUUUGUAUACAUGGACCUUGUCCCCGAGAGCAAUAACAACCCAGAGGGGGAUGAUGAUAAGGUCUACCUGUUCUUCAGCGAGAACGCCAUGGAGUAUGACUUCUACAACAAGCUCACCGUGUCAAGAGUUGCUCGUGUCUGCAAGGGGGAUAUGGGUGGGCAGCGGACGCUCCAGAGGAAGUGGACGUCAUUCCUGAAGGCUCGCCUGGACUGCUCUCUGCCAGAGCCCAGCCUGCCAUAUAUUGUACAGGAUGUCUUCCUGCUCAAAAACGAUGACUGGCGCAAAAGUGUUUUCUACGCAGUGUUCACUCCCCAGUCGAGCUCGUCCGACAUGUCUGCAGUGUGUGCGUACAGUGUGUCGGCCAUCGGAGACGUGUUUGAUAAGGGGAAGUUUAAGACUCCAGUGACUGUGGAGACUUCCCAUGUGAAGUGGGUCAUGUACAGUGGAGAGGUGCCCACCCCAAGACCUGGAGCUUGCAUUAACAAUGCAGCACGGACCCUUGGGAUGGAGCGCUCCCUGGACCUGCCAGACAAGACCCUGCAGUUCAUCAGGGACCGGCCCCUCAUGGACGAUGCCGUGCAGCCGCUGACCGGCCGUCCGCUGCUAGUCAAAAGGGGAGACCUGUUCACACGCCUGGUGGUGGACAGUGUGCUAGCUCUGGAUGGGGAGAGAUACGCAGUCAUGUUCAUCGGCACAGAGAACGGCUAUGUGCAGAAGGCAGUGAACUACGCUGGAGAGAUGUUCAUCAUUGAAGAGAUACAACUGUACCAGACCCCAGAGGCUAUCAGGACCCUGCGUCUCUCCAGCACGGGUCAGCUGUAUGCAGGCUCUGAGUAUGGAGCUGUGCAGAUGCCUCUGAGUGAAUGUGGCCGUUAUGAGUCUUGUCUGGACUGUGUCUUAGCCAGAGACCCUUAUUGUGGCUGGGACCUCUCCACUGGCCUCUGCUCUGCUGUGGCCAGCUCAACCUUUGCCCCAGUCCCCACGAACAUGAUUCAAAGUCUAAAAGAUGGUGACAUCUCAGAAUGUCCGAAAUCAGAGACGAUGAAGCCAGAGAACUACACCUUAGUUCCUGGCAACAACAUCAAGCUGCUGUGCCAGCCUGACUCCAACCUGGCACAGGUACAGUGGCUCUUCUCAGGGCAACUGCUGCUGUCUGAUACCAAGUACUACAUCUACAAUGGGGGUAUCCUCAUCCUCAAUGCCUCUGCCGCCAACACCGGCCAGUACACCUGUGAGUCUGUUGAGCAGGUGAACAACCGACCGUACACCAGGACAAUGGCAGUCUAUCAACUGUUGCCCCACACUAACCUAGAGGAGAGUGAGACGAUGACAGAGUCCCCCCAUAGUCACAGUACCCCAUUACCAGAGCUCCUGGAGGUAACAGAGAGGCCAAAGGCUUUGGAUCCCCUUCCCCCCCCUGAGUCACAGUGUGAAGACGGCAGGGUGGUAGGCCUGCAGGUGGUGGUGGCGCUCCUCUCUCUGAUGCUGGUUGGUCUAGUAGCCUGGAGUCUGUAUAAAGGAUGCUUUAGAAACAGAUUCUCAGAGAACUUGAGCGCUGGGCAGGUGAAAAGGCCGUCGGAUGACUACAUGCAAAUUCAAAACAAUAUAACUUCAGAGUUCAAGCUGCUGGGACCUACACCCAGUCACAGUGCUAACAAGAAUCAAAAUGCUAUCAUAGCCUUCAAAGGGAAUGGGGAACACCACUUCUCUCCUGGAAGCAAUAUUUCCACUGUGGAUGGUUUGGGGUACAUUGAUGAUGAGUCAGAGAUCUGACCAUCAGUGUUCACUGCUCUCUCACCAGGCAGCUGAUUUUAAGACACUAGCGCAAUGACAAGCUCUGUACACUGAACUUGUUUUGGAAUUGUCCUUAACAUUUUCCCACCACUACAUCUCCCUAGAUUGAAUUUAUUUUGUUUAGUCAUUGCAGAAGGAGAAUACAUUUUACAUCCCUUUGUUAAAUAUUAUUUUGUAUUUUCAUGUAUAUUGCAAAUAUUUAUUUGUAUUAAUGUAAUAACGUCAUAACCAGGAUGUGAUAUCUAAAGUAAAUAAGACCAUAAUACUAAUGUGUUGUACAUAGUUAAGAUUCUAAGCAUUUCAUUCUACGGACCAGUAAUGAUUACUCCAAACCUUUUAAGUAGAUCAAAACAGCCAUGGACCAAAUACAAAUUGAACACUCUUGA